AUGUCCGCCAAAUCCAUUCUCGAAGCCGAUGGCAAGGCCAUCUUGAACUACCACCUCACUCGUGCUCCAGUCAUCAAGCCCACGCCGCUCCCUCGUGCUUCUACUCACAACCCUCCUCCCAAGCUCGCCUCCCUGUACUUCCCUGAGGAUGCCGACGUAAACGGUGUCCUUGACCAGGCUGAGGCCACAUACCCAUGGCUGCUGGCCAAAGACGCCAAGUUCGUCGCCAAGCCAGAUCAAUUGAUCAAGCGUCGAGGCAAGAGCGGCCUGCUCGCCCUGAACAAGACCUGGGCCGAAGCCCGAGCUUGGAUUGAAGCCCGCGCUGGCAAGGAAAUCCAGGUCGAGACUGUCAAGGGUUAUCUGCGACAAUUCUUGGUUGAGCCAUUUGUGCCUCAUCCCCAGGAAACUGAAUACUACGUCAACAUCCACUCUGUGCGAGAGGGCGACUGGAUUCUCUUCACCCACGAGGGUGGUGUCGAUGUCGGUGAUGUCGACGCAAAGGCUGAGAAGCUUUUGAUCCCUGUCAACCUCAAGAAAUACCCCUCCAAUGAAGAAAUUGCAGCUACUCUACUGAAGAAGGUUCCCUCGGGUGUCCACAACGUCUUGGUUGAUUUCAUUUCUCGUCUGUACGCUGUCUACGUUGACUCCCAGUUCACCUACCUCGAGAUCAACCCUCUCGUUGUCAUCCCCAACGCCGACGCCACCUCCGCCGAGGUCCACUUCCUCGACUUGGCCGCUAAGCUCGACCAAACCGCCGAGUUCGAGUGCGGUACCAAAUGGGCCAUCGCUCGUAGCCCGUCUGCUUUGGGCCUGCCCGCCCCCAAGGGUGACGGCAAGGUCAACGUUGACGCUGGCCCGCCGAUUGAAUUCCCAGCUCCUUUCGGUCGUGAACUUAGCAAGGAGGAAAAGUUCAUUUCCGACAUGGACGCCAAGACUGGUGCUUCCUUGAAGCUGACUAUCCUCAACUCCACUGGCCGUAUCUGGACCUUGGUCGCUGGUGGUGGUGCCUCGGUUGUCUACGCAGACGCUAUUGCGUCCGCUGGCUACGUGAGUGAGCUCGCCAACUACGGUGAAUACUCUGGAGCUCCCACCGAGACACAGACUUUCAACUACGCCCGCACAGUCUUGGAUCUCAUGCUGCGCGCCCCUCAACACCCCGAAGGAAAGGUUCUCUUCAUCGGCGGUGGUAUUGCCAACUUCACCAACGUCGCCAGCACCUUCAAGGGUGUCAUCCGCGCCCUGCGGGAGGUCGCCUCUACUCUCAACGAGCACAAGGUCCAGAUCUGGGUUCGUCGUGCCGGUCCUAACUACCAGGAAGGUCUGAAGAACAUCAAGGCCGUCGGUGAGGAAUUGGGUCUCAACAUGCACGUCUACGGACCCGAAAUGCACGUCAGUGGUAUUGUUCCUCUGGCCUUGAAUGGCAAGAAGACCGAUGUCAAGGAAUUCGGAUCUGCUUAA